AGCGCACGGCCCUCUGUCCCCACCGUAACGCAGCCCCGGUAUCACCUCUGCCUCCAGGGCUCGUGCCAGUGGGUCACCCUGGAUUUCCCCCACACCGUCAGAGUCUCACAACUCCACAUUCAGUUCCAGGGGGGGUUCUCCAGCCGGCUGUGCACGCUGGAAGGCUGCAGAACAGGUGAAGAACUGGUGAAAAUAUCCGACCUGUACCCCGAGGACAUCAAUGCCAUGCAGAUAUCCUUUGCCACGUUGCAGAUCUCCCACGAGUCGAGGUGUUCCCCUGCCUGUUUUCUUUUUCCUUCAUGGGCCCCACACAGAUUCCAGGUGGAGGAGACAGCGCUGGAUACGUUGAAGAUCACCUUUGAGAACAGCACUGACUUCUUUGGACGCAUUGUGGUGUAUCACCUCCAGGUGCUGGGGGAGAGGCUGUAGGGCAGCAGCUGCUCACCCAUCACCUGCUUUCCCCUCUGGGAGAGCUGCUCAUGUGGGGGAAUGGGACAGCAAACCCCACCAGCAGUGAUGUGCCACCCCCAGCUGUAUCCCAAAGUGCUGAUGGAGCGGGGAACUGCACCCCAUGGGAUGGCAGAGCAGGAGGGACGCUCGUGCAGAGCACUACGUGCUGGAAUUGUAAGCCACCUUUGCUGUCUUUUGGUGGGAUGCAGCCUGUGCAGAUGGCUGAAUAAAUGGUGGUGUCCCCACAGCUCCUUCCCAACUGCUCUUUUGGCAAAUGACACUCCAGGACUGAGCCCCUCGGUGUGUGUCCUGGACUCAGUGCUG